AACCAGACAGUAUUUGUUAGAAAGAGUGUGUAGGUACAUGUAGGAACAGCUCAGAGUGAUGCCCACCAGCACUGCUAUCGCCAACAACCUCAUCCGUGAUGUCUGGAGGGACAACAUGGAGGAAGAGUUUGAGAAGAUCAGACAACUUAUUCCAACCUACAACUAUGUUUCAAUAGAUACUGAAUUUCCGGGAGUUGUGGCUCGGCCACUUGGUGAGUUCCGCAGCAACAACGACUACAUGUACCAGCUCCUCAAAGUGAACGUGGACAUGUUGAGGAUCAUACAGCUCGGUAUUACACUGGCAGACGAACAAGGAAAGCAUCCCAAGGGUCCUUGCACCUGGCAGUUCAACUUCAAGUUCAGUCUAAACGAAGAUAUGUAUGCCCAGGACUCAAUAGACUUGCUAAACAGAUCUGGUAUCCAAUUCAAACGUCACGAAGAAGAAGGUAUUGAUGUGGAUGACUUUGCUGAGCUGCUCAUUCCAUCCGGUCUGGUUCUGGUAGAUACCCACUUCGUCAGUUUCCACUCGCCCUACGACUUUGGGUACCUGCUCAAAGUGCUGACCAACAGGAACCUCCCUGAUGAAGAGGAUGACUUCUUUGAUCUUAUGAGACUGUACUUUCCUAUAGUGUACGACAUAAAAUAUCUAAUGAAGAGUUGUAAAACUUUGAAGGGCGGUUUGCAGGAAACGGCAGAUAGUCUAGAGGUCGAAAGAAUUGGAUCUCAACAUCAAGCUGGAUCUGAUAGUCUUCUCACUUCAGCCACCUUCUUCAAGAUGAGACGGCUGUAUUUCGAGGACUUCAUAGAGAACGACAAGUAUAGCGGUAGACUGUAUGGUCUACAGGGGGGUAACGUUAUUAUGACUCACAUGGAUAACAGAAUGCCACCAGUCUCCAUGGUUCAACCCACAGAUGAGAUGGCUGCUAUACUUGCUCAGUAAACUCUAGUAGAAAUUUUUAAAGAAAGAAAAAAAAAACUUAUAGGAUGGAAAUAACACUAUUAUAUAGACACCCACAUUUUAUGCUAUCAUUUUUUAAU